AUGGACUUCUCGAAUUCGCUUUUCAACCUUUCAAAAAUUGAAGAUUCUGAUAAUGAUACUUAUCGAAAUUCAGAUUGUUUAAGUGAACGCUUCAAGAAAAUAUCAAAAACUCGAAGCAUCAAGUGGUCGUCCGAAAGUGAUUUGACAAAGAUGUGUUCAUAUGACGUUGCCGUUGAAACAAUGAGAAGAAACUCGCUUGAAGAGGUCUCGCAAUGCAUGCAAGACCGGCUCAAUGCAGGAACUGAAAACAUACUUGAGACUGGCGAAGUUUCAGAUGAAAAUUCACUCAAAAAAAAAACAUUUUUGAUGAACAUGUUUCGAACAGCAGUUUUAAAAGUGAUGACCGAUCCAUCUGGGAAUGAUGUCGAAGGCCCGGCCCCUCCUUUGCAUAAUGACCCAUCAACCAACCUUACGCUAUUACCAACUCAAAAAACAAAAGCCAUAUAUCUUUCUCAAGUUUUCAAAUAUGCUGUUAAACAAACAAUAAUUCAUCAACGCCAGGAAAGGUCCAGUGGGGAUCCAUGGGAUGAGUUUUUUUACAGAAUUUACAGUGCUGACAAGCCCCGAAUUGACAACGCUAGACAAUGUCAUAGUGCAGGAAUAAAACUUAAUUUAAACAAAGAUUUACAAGACAAGUUGAAUUUCACAGACUAUGACAGCAGUAUAAAGGAUAAACUGACACCGUAUAAAUCAAGCUCUUCGGAUCGCGGAAAACGAGCUUUUGAAAAUUUGAGCCGAGUCUCGAGCAGCAUCUCGAAAAGAAGACAACAUGAAAUCAGUGACAAAGAUGGCAAUGAGUUUGUGGCUCAACAACAGUUUCUUCCCAAGUUACCUCCAAAACGCAGGGAAGAAGUACGCACCAAUGACAAAGAGCGACGAUUCCGAGUAGACAAGGUUCGUUAUUCCCCUGACGGAACAUCACCUUUGAGUCGCCUUUUUUACCUGCCGCACAUACCGUCCACAUCUGCACCAUUCAAACUUUGAUGAUUUCAUUCAAACUUUGAUAAUUUCAAGAAAUUAACUUUAUUUGCACUUUUCAUUACAAUAAAAUAUCGGAAAUACAUUUGUAUUUUCGAAGA